AUGCUAGAGGAGUUUGCUGCACGGCUGCAAAGAGGGGCUGGGCGGUUCAGUGAUGCCAGUCUAGAUCUGUCCCACUCGCAAGGCACGUGUUGUUUUGAAGUACUCGUCAAUCCUUUGUAUUUUGUAUGUCUGUUUUUCCUCUCAACAGAUGCUACAGCUGCCACAGCCCCAGUCCCCACAGCAGAAGUUGGUACUUCUCAGGAGGUCGACCAGGUGUUUGAACCGGCUGAUACCUUGCCCUCCCGCAGCGAGGCAGCCGCUGUGCAGCCCAUCGUUGGGAUCAGUCAGAGAGUGCAGGUGAACUCCAAAGAAAAGAAGGACUUAGGGACACUAGGGUAUGUGCUUGGGCUGAUCAUGAUGGUGAUAAUCAUUGCCAUUGGAGCUGGCAUUGUCCUGGGAUACAUCUAUAAGAGGGGGAAAGACUUGAAGGAAAAGCAUGACCAGAAAGUUUACGAGCGUGAAAUGCAGCGCAUCACACUGCCACUCUCAGCGUUCACCAAUCCUGCCUGUGAGCUUGUAGAUGAAAACACAAUUGUGGUGCACACUAACCAGACGCCUGUGGAGGACACGCGUGAUAGCAGUGGCCCACUCAUGGGGCAGGCGGGUACUCCUGGUGCCUGAGUAGCUCAGGCAGGAGCGAGACAGGCUGAGCAAAGCCUCCAGCUUCCCACUGUGAGUGCAGGGGUUGUGUGUGUUCAUUUCUGUUUUGUUUUCUUUUUGAUGAAAGCCAGAUGAAGGUGAUGCAGAGGGACAGAGCGGUGGGCUAUUCAUCAUGAUCUGUUUGAGUGGCACCAUUCUGUGCAUGACCAGCUGGGAACUGGUGUGGUAGACCCUGCUGCUUCCUCCCACCUAUCUCCAUGGCACGCUAAGGAGCUGGGGGGGAUGAUGAGCCAGGCUCACAACUGGCCACAGAUCCCAUAGCCUGGAGUGUGGUCUUGGCUUCCUCUUUUUCUGUUCCUUUCCUAUUUAACGGUGUGCACUGUUACUUAAGUUUCAGCCUGGAACCCCAGGAGGGAGCAGUACUGCAAGGACU